UGUGGUCACUUUAUUACUAGUGACGUCAUCGCUAUAGAAACAAACAAGAGUACAAGACUUGCUCCAAUUCAUGUUUUCCAACCAAGGAGGAAAGACUCUAGAACUAUUCACUGCUCAUGGAAGAGAUCCACUAGCAAAGGUACAGUUGACCGGUGGAAGAACAGUAAAGAAAGAGUUUGAUUCACUCAUCAAAGGAUACGUACUCUCACUCAAUGGAUCACCUGCUACCAGUCGGGUACACCUUCCUAAGUCUGACAAGAAGGGAAUGGGCCUGAUUCAUUCUUAUUUACUGAUGCAGUUCUUCAUUCCGCAAGAUUCAAGAGCCCUCAUCGAGUUAAUAAUUUUAGAUACUACUAAUUGCAAGAGGAAGCUACAGCUGCUGUCAUGGCAGCAAGAAGUCUCUGUCAAUCCUCUGUCUGUCAAGAUUCCUCUACCUCUAAUUCCUAAUGAGUGGCACUGGUUGCUGAUUGAUUUACCUGACUUGAUGGCUAGCCUCAUCUCUCAGUCUUACCAAUCUCUUGAGUUUCUCUCGGUCUGUGGUUCUUGUAAGAUAAGAAGCAUCGCCACUGUACGUGACUUCAUCACUUCUCCUGGGGACCUGCCUUCAUCGUGGCAGCCACCUCCUUCUGUUCCUCCCUUGAAUAUUUAUGUGGUCAAUUCUAAUCUCUUUUCAUCAUCUGUACCUCAUGCUCCUCAAACUAAAAGUGAAGCUGCUUCAAUGCAUAUUGCUUUUGGUGAGAAGAUUGCCAUACCCAGUCAUGUGGCACGGACUCAACAAAGAAAAGUUGAGGCUUCUAAGCAACAGACACACUCACUACCCACAGGUUCUAAGGCUAACUCAAGAGCAGCUGCACUACGACCUGUUACCUUAAAACCAACAGACAAUAUUUGCAUAGACUCAACCACAAAGGAAAAAGAACUUAAUUCACAAGCUAGUCAUUUUGCUUACAUCUCACCACCUCAUUCUACAGCAUCAUCAAAUAAGACCCGCUCAAAUUCUCAAGAGACUGAUUCUCGGAAGACUCAGUCUCAUUCUCGAGAGGCUCAUUCUCAUUCUGAAGAGGCUCAUUCCCAUUUUCAAGCACCUGAAAAAGUUUCACAUAUUCAAACUCAAACUGUUCAUUCUGGUACCAGAGAGCGUAAAUCUACAAAUCUUGAAGAGGACUUCCUCUCACUUUCUGCCAUCAACGGAGGCUCACCAAGAAGAGAUCUUCUAGCUAAUAACGAAGAUGGGAGCUAUCAUUGGGAGAAGUAUCAUUCUGAUGCUAGUAACAAUACUGAAGAUGAUGAUGAGAAGGCUAUUGAUACAGACAGCAAUGAUGAUGGCUUAAAGACCAAUGAAAUGUCACCAGAUAAAAGUAAUGAAGAAUCAAUUCCUGUACACGCACCAUUACAUGCAUCAAUUGAUGACAGUGGAAUGGGUGGACCCAGUACACCAACAAGGCAGUCACUAUCAGACAAUAAUGCAUUACUAACACAGUCUGAUCCUACUGACUCUAACAGUAAUCAAGAUGAGAAUCUAGAGCUACUCUAUGAUCCUGAUCUUAACUAUUUCUAUGAUCCUAAGACAGGAAAGUGUUAUGAAUUAGCACACUAAAUAUUACAUAUUAUUAUUAAUAGUAUUAAUAAUAAGUGUCUAAAUGUUUCUAGUAUAGUAUGUUCAUGCCAGUCUUUCCCUA